AUGGCUUCAAUAACAAAAGAUUCUCCCUUUCCACCCACCAUGCGUGCCCUCUACGCCAAAGCCCAAGGCCAACCUCUCACCCUCAAAACUCUUCCUACACCCCACCCCGAUCCCGGAAGUCUCAUCGUCCAAGUCCUCGCUCUAAGCAUCGAGCCCAGCAUUCAAGAUCUACUCGAUGGAAAAAUGCCCUACCUAUACGCACCCACCCCCUUUAUCCCAGGCAGUCGAGCCAUCGGACGCAUCGCAGCCAUCGGUCCCGACACCACCACAUUAUGCAUCGGCCAGCUAGUAGCUAUCGAGCCUUUUGUUCGCGGACGGGAUAACCCGGAUGUGAAAAUCCUCUGGGGUAUCGGGGUAUUCGGACACGAUCCCCCCGCGCAAAAACUCAUCGAGGUUUGGCGUGAUGGCUCGCUAGCGGAAUAUGUGAAAACCCCGCUGGAAAAUGUUUAUGCGUUGGAUGAGAAGCGUCUCUUGGGGAGUCAAGCAGAAGGAGGUCUGGGUUAUUCGCUUGGGGAUCUGUCGAUUCUCGCGCGGUAUAUGGUAGCUUAUGGUGGUUUUCGAGGAAUCGAUCUUAAAGCUGGAGAAACGGUUAUUGUGGCUCCUGCCACCGGAUUGUUUAGUAGCGCUGCGGUGGAAGUAGCGUUAGCGAUGGGUGCACGUGUUGUUGCUGUGAGUAGGAGUUUGUCAAAAUUGCAGAAACUUGCCGCGGGGAAUCGACGCGUUGAGAUUGUACAGACAACUGGCAAUUACGAGGAAGAUCUCGCGAGAAUCAAAACUUUGGGCCCGGUUGAUGCGUAUCUGGAUUUAUCACCCCAGGAGGCAAAUGGUUCGAGUCAUAUCAGGGCGUGUUUGAUGUCAUUGAGAGAUUAUGGGAGAGCGUCAUUAAUGGGAGUCACGACUAAUGAUGUUGAUAUUUCGUAUAUGAUGGCGGUUAUGAAGAAUCUUACGAUUCGGGGUCAGUAUAUGUAUGAGAGGGAAGAUGUAAAAGGACUUAUCAAACUUGUUGAAAGCGGAUUGUUGAAACUGGGAAAAGAGGGCGGCAUGGAAAUUGUGGGUGAAUUCUCGAUUGAGCAGUGGGAUGAGGGAAUCAAGACUGUUGUUCGGAAUCCUGAGCUGGGAAAAAUGGCGAUUAUGUAUUUUUAG